AUGACGCCGACUUUUGUCAUCCCAAGCCUCGAGGUUGAUCUGCCGUUCGUUGAUGAUGAGGCUGAUGAAGAGUUGAGCCGUUUCCUUGGCUCAACGACUUUUCUGAAAGCAAAAGGACUCACUGGGCUGCAGCCGCCGCGCUCGAAAACCCCGUUGCACUAUUCAGCCUCCGACUAUUGCAGUGUUCGCGAGGAGAUGCCCCGUCCGCACAGCGCUUGCGCCGCUAUACCCCACACUUCGUAUUUUUGGAUUGAUCGAGAGAAUAUCUUGGCCACGGGUUCUUAUGGAAUUGUGAAACUUGCAUACAAUGAACAGGACAAGAACUUGUAUGCGAUGAAAGUUUUGGACAAGAUGAAGCUACUGAAGAAUUUCGCUUGUUUUCGGCAACCACCAAAACGGCAACGCUCGGCAACAGCUCAAAUGAAGAAUCCAUUGCAAUUAGUGCAAAAAGAGAUCGCAAUUCUCAAGAAACUCUCGCAUCCGAAUGUGGUGAAACUUGUCGAGGUACUCGACGAUCCGAAUGACAACUAUUUAUAUAUGGUUUUCGAAUACGUGGAAAGAGGCUCGAUUCUUGAAAUCCCCACCGAUAGACCUCUUGAUGAGGACACUGCUUGGAAAUACUUUAGAGACACACUGAAAGGACUUGAAUACCUUCACUAUCAAAAGAUCGUUCAUCGAGAUAUCAAGCCAGCAAAUUUGCUUCUGAGUGAAACGGGUCAUGUAAAAAUAGCUGAUUUUGGGGUUUCUUGUGAGUUUGAGGGGAUCGAUGCGUUUCUUUCUGGAACGGCCGGCACUCCAGCUUUCAUGGCACCCGAAGCGCUGACAGAAGAUGCAAACCAUUUCUACAGCGGAAGAGCUCAAGAUAUUUGGUCUCUUGGCGUUACUCUUUAUGCCUUUGUGAUUGGAAAAGUGCCUUUCUGGGAUCCAUACGUUAUCGCUUUACAUCGAAAAAUCAAAACGGAACCUGUCGUCUUUCCAGAAACACCAUUCAUCAGCGAUCUUUUAAAGGAUCUCAUCUUUUGCAUGCUCAAGAAAGACCCAGGACUUCGAUUAAUGUUAAACGAAAUCAAGUCUCAUCCAUGGGUGACUCGUUUCUGCACGGUUCCAAUGCAAGGCGAAGAGGAAAACUGCAUGCUAGUCACGGUUACAGAGGAGGAAAUCGAGAACUGUGUGCGAGUGAUUCCUCGGCUCGACACGCUCAUUCUCGUCAAAGCAAUGGGACAUCGGCGACGCUUUGGAAACCCUUUUCGCCAAAGUGGUGGCACAUUCCGCGAGAGACGCAAAUCGAACUCGGUGAAAGAUGCGAAAUAUGUGCCACCUGGGGUCACCAUCGAGACGGAAAGAAACGCUGCUGAAAAUGGAGUCAACGAGCUGAACGGUGACAUGCGUGGCCUGAGUCUGAACUGUGCUCUCCCAAAUGGGAACUCGUCGAGAACUGUCAAGGCAGCAACAGCUCGACAA